AUGAGAGAGCUAUUUCAGUAUCGUCGCCAACGAAAUAAUGCUUCCACUAGUAACUCCAGUAGAAGGCAACAACAGUUUCAGCAGCAACAACAGCAACAGAAUGACCCCUCCUUUAACCAACAUCAUCCUCAGCAAUACAUGCUCGACCCAGAUCCCUUGAGUAGUGCACACCAUCUACCUCCAUUAUCGCACCACUACGGCAGCAAUCAUCGUCAUCAUUCCCCUCAUCAGUACCAUUCUUCGUUGCCAUCUCAUCCACGACAGCCAGAUGGGACUGGCAGCGGUAGUUCCUUGCAGCAGCAUCGCAGACGACGUUUUUCACCAUCGCGUCAUCAGCGUACUCGUGGCUCUUCGCGUGCUAGAUCGGUUUCCUCGCAACAAAGCACUGCCACCAUGACGGAUUAUCGAUCUGUCACAUCGGCAACAGUCCCCAGUUAUGUCACUGGAGCCAAUGCAUCCGUUUCUCGCAUCAGUGAUGAUGAAACCUCGUGGAUGUCGGGAGUCGAGUCACAAGCUCGUAGUGCCGGUGGAGGAUCCAAUACAUCUUCUAUCGGAACAGGAUCUAGGAAUCCCUACUUGAGAGAUGGAAAAAAGACCAAGAAAGUGAUUGAUGACUUGAAUGGGGCGGAAGAUGAAGAAUCUACUUUGACGGCCUUAACUGUUAUCAUUACAGAAUUUGACCACAGUGACACUAUUAAACACAAUGCAGAAUUAUACUAUGGUGCAAUUGGAGUUCUGGCACAAAAGUUGUCCAUGACCGACCAUCAUGAUGCGAUACGCAUGAUUUGUUCAGCCAUGGAAAUGGCAUUUCGAGGAGGGGCCAAAUAUGUUAAGGAGGCCUUUCAUGUCAAUGCUCCUGCCAUGAUGCCUCCUCUACUUCGACUGCUUGAUCGCUGUGAACAGUCAAAAGUCAGAUUUCCGGAUGAGAUCAUACUCAACAUUACCAAGACAUUUCAUUACUGGAGUCGGAUACCGGAACUCCGAGUAUCACUGGCCCGACAACCGGGCUUGUUGGAUGCAUUACGGCGGGUGGCAACAUCACCCCUCAAUGUUCCCAGUCGCAAUGUUCGUGUACGGAUCAUUGCCAAUCUAGCCAAUGCGGAAGACAACAAAGUCCUGAUGUAUGCGCACAAGGGAUUGCUCACGAGCUUGCUCAAAAUUGCUCACUUGGACCCAGUCGAUGCCACCAGAGAAUUUUCUACCAUUGCAUUGAUGGAUCUAGCCUCGGCGCCGGCCAAUCAAGUGCCACUAGCUAACCAUGGUUAUGUGCUCAAGGUACUGACAGUCAUGGUGGUAUCGGAAAAGGUUACAUCGAUUCGCGAAAGUGCCACCACCACCCUCCAAAAUCUAGCCUUUCCCAAGGCGAAUCGACUACGGUUGGUCAACUUUCAAGACGGAUUGGUAUUAGAAGCACUGUUGAAAGUCCUGGACCGAGACCCCAAUCAAAAAGCGCGGCGUCGUGCAGGAGGUGCUCUUACCAAUCUCGCCUGCGAAGCGACGGCGGACCAAAUGGCCAAGCAACCAGCGCUGCUCUACACACUGGCUCAUGUGGCCAUUCACGAAGAAACAGACGAAGAGAUUCAGUCAAGGGCCUGUCUGGCUCUCACCAAGAUUGCAUCAGGAGUCAAGAACGGUCAGUCUCCCACCCACUCUGCCGUGCUGGAUGCGUUGGUCAUUGCAGCGGAUACUCGAGUCGAUAACAAUAUAUCGGCCGUCUUUCGGUUGCGUGCUAGAGACCCUCAAUGCCGAGAGGGUAUGGCGAGACAUCCCGGAGUUUUGUCCAAGUUGGCAGGGAUGUGCUUCAAACCAUCCUUGAAGGAACGGGACAAUGCCACCCGGGCCAUUAUGCACUUGGCCAACGAAAAUAUCAAUCGCAAGAUUAUGUGCAAUGAGGAGAUUCUAGAGGCACUCAUUCAUGGUGCUUCUUGUAGCGUUGUCCCGUCGUCAGACAGACAUCAACAUAGUGGCAGUUCCACACUGACAGAAGAGCACAACUUGCUAACGGAAAUGCAAGAUUCAGCCAUUCGAGCAAUUGCCAGGUUGGCUACAGAGCAUUCAAACCGACAAACAAUGGCCAAGCACAGAGGAUUAAUCACGGCCAUUGCCAGGGCUACUGAACGAGAAUCCAAGCUAGAAAUGAAGGGUCCCGUCAGCCCUGAACAACAACAGGCCUUUUUGGGAAAACCGCUGUUGAUGAGUCUCCUGAUGGCCAUGUAG